GUCAUUCUUUAUGUGAAAAGAUAGGUAGCUGUCUACCUUAAUCAUAGUUUUCCUAAGGCACCCAAUAAUGAAAUUUAGAAUAUACCUGGAAUAAGCCAAUUAGUUUAUUUAGUGAGUGAUGUUAUGGAGUUGAUCUGAACUGGUAUGUUGAUUAGCAGUGCCGUUCCGUGGGACCCAGCCCGAUGACUCCGUAUUCUCAGUCCGAAUGAGUCAUCCCGAAAUCGCUGCGGCGUAGGAGGUAAUUAGUGAUGUUUAUACAAGGCUUCAUAUAAACUACACUCUGAUAUCCAUCAAAAAGUGAAAAAUACAAAAAAUAAAAACUUCACACUUGGCAUAACAUCUUCGCUCACAACAUGGAGGGACCAUGGGCUUUUGUGGAAACCACGCUUCCACACGUACCACUUCUACCAAUUUCUCAGCGGCAGCCAAUCCGGACAGAGCGACUAUUAAUUCGACCAAUGCGGGAGGACGACCUUCAGGCUUACCACGCGAUGCGCUUACAGCCAGAAACAAUGGCCUGUAGUCGACAAGGGAGACCUGACCACGACAUUGAAGAGACUCGAUCAACGCUGAACAAAUUCUUACCGCCACACAGCGACGAGACGUUUUUGUACGGUGUCUUCCUUCCGUCUACGGGCGAAUUGAUCGGAGAAGGAGGUAUCCAUACAUUAGAGUCUUCAUCUUGUGGUUGGCCCGAGAUCGGGUACAGGUUCAGGAAAGAGGUUUGGGGCCAGGGGUACGCGACUGAGUUCCUAAGGGCGUUGCUCAAGGCUUGGUGGGAUUUGCCUAGAAGGCACACCAAACUUCGGGUUCAUUCGACAUCUAUUCAGAAAGGAAGCAGUGUGGAUGCUAUAGAACAGAUCCAUGCCAACACAGACAUGCCAAAUAUAGGAAGUCAGAAGGUCUUGGCAAAAAUUGGGUUUAUACAGUUCUCGAAGUACACGGAGCCGGAUACGCAAGAGCAUAGGAUUGGUGAGCCGCUGGAAUUACUUGCUUAUAGGCUUCCUUUCCCGGGAGACGAUAGCGUAAAUUGAGGGCGAUAUUCAUUACCUAUAUGUGGGAGGAUAUAUGUUAGGAGACAAGGACUAUUCUUUAAAAAAUAACUUGCGCUGGUAUAAGUAAAGCGAUGUUGA